AUGUUAUCUUCGACCUUCAACCCAGACAAUGGCAUCCCGGAUUUAUCUGGUAAAGUCUAUGUCGUCACAGGUGGGAACAGUGGAAUUGGAAAACAAACCGUGCUACAUCUUGCUCAACAUAACGCCAAAGUCUACCUAACUGCAAGAUCCUCAGAAAAGGCACAGCGAGCUAUAGAAGAGAUCAGAGCACAAACCAAGCGAACGGAUCUCAGUAUUGCUGUACUUGUGAUGGAUAUGUUGGACUUGCAAUCUGUCAAGAGUGCUGCACAGCAAUUUCUCCGCGAAGAAGACAAGUUGCAUGGAAUAGUGAACAACGCUGGCAUAAUGGCCGUCGCGAAUGAGAUAUCCAAAGAUGGAUAUGAGCUCCAAUGGCAGACAAACUACAUCGCUCACUGGUUGUUCACCUACCUCUUAAUUCCGCUUCUCCAGUCUACCGCUACUACAAAGCCGGUAGGUACGGUCAGAAUCGUCAACGUGUCGUCCGCAAACCACCGCAUGGCACCAUCUGAGGGCAUUGUGUUCAGAGAUAUCAACCUCCAAGGCUCCGGCUACAGUCCCUGGGUGAGAUAUGGACAAAGCAAACUAGCGAACUACCUUCAUGCGCUCUCUCUUCACCAAAUGCUGAGCACAAAGGGAAUCUGGACUUCGUCGCUGCAUCCGGGUAUUAUUGACACCAAUCUUACUGAUCAUGUCGAUAUGCCCGGCAUCUCAAUCUUAUCCUCGAGUCCCAUGAGAUGUUUGUUUCGCGCAGUGGGCUUUAUGAUCAGCGCCGACAAGGGAAGCUGGACGCAGCUUUUUGCAGUUGCUGGAACAGACUUUACUGCGGAGAUGUCAGGGGGCUACCUAGAUCCAAUUGCUAAGAAAAGCAAGAUAACUAUGCCGCGCAAUGCACCAGAUGAUUUGGGCGAAAGACUAUGGAAAUGGACAGAAGAAGAGAUGAAGGCGAAAGGCUACAUUGGCUAA